AUGGCUGCUAGAAAGCCAACUAAUUUGGCCAAGGUGGGGAAUGUUCAGCAGGAAAGGGAUGAGUCUCCAGCUGCCUUUUUAGAACGGAUCAUGGAGGCUUACCGUACCUACACCCCCAUGAAUCCAGAAGCUCCUGAAAACAAGGCAGCUGUGAUCAUAAGCUUUGUAAACCAGUCGGCCGCGGAUAUUAAAAGGAAACUACAAAAAGUAGAUAGGUUGGGAGAGAAGAGUUUACAGGAUUUACUGGCAGUGGCAGAGAAGGUGUACAAUAACCGAGAGUCUCCAGAAGACAGGCAAGCUCGCGUCGUGGCUGCCUCUAGCAGUAGGCAAGCUCGGGACCUGGCUAGGGUCCUGCUGGCUACGACCAUGGACUUCCCCAAGGAGCGAGACCGUCGCUUCCGACAGCUUGCAAGCAAUAAAGGAAGAGGUAAGCAGACCACCCAAGAAGGGAGGCGGGGGCUACGGAAGAAUCAAUGUAAGUUUUGCAUGGACAUAGGGCACUGGGCUCGAGAGUGUCCGAAGAAGGGUUCGGACCCCCUCCCCGAGCCCAGGAUAACUCUCAGAGUGGAGGGGACUCCUGUUAACUUCCUUGUUGACACCGGGGCACAACAUUCGGUCCUCCGUACCCCGCAAGGAAAACUGGCGAAUAAAAAGUCCUGGGUGCAAGGAGCAACUGGUAUGAGCCAGUAUUCAUGGACUACCCGAAGGACAGUAGAUUUAGGAACAGGCCAGGUAUCCCACUCUUUCAUGGUAAUACCGGAAUGCCCCUACCCACUAUUAGGACGGGACCUACUGACCAAAAUUGGAGCUCAAAUAACUUUCAGACAAGGGGGGCCUCAGGUCACCGAUGAGGAGGGCCGCCCCAUUCAGGUCCUGACCAUGAGGCUAGAGGAUGAAUAUCGCCUCUACCAGAAGACUUCCCUGGUGGAGGGCAGUAUGGACAAAUGGCUACAAGAAUUCCCAACAGCAUGGGCAGAGACAGGAGGGGUGGGGCUGGCCGCCCACAGGGCCCCAGUCCUAGUAGAACUAAAACCAGGAGAAGGUCCGGUAAGAAUCAAGCAGUACCCUAUGCCUCAGGAGGCACGGAAGGGGAUUCAGCCUCAUAUCAGGAGACUGAAGAGCUUGGGGGUGUUAGUUCCCUGCCAGUCUGCAUGGAACACUCCCCUACUGCCGGUUAAAAAGCCCCAGACAAACGACUACAGGCCAGUACAGGACCUCCGAGAAGUAAAUAAAAGAGUUAUGGACAUACACCCAACAGUCCCAAACCCGUACACUCUCUUGAGCUCCUUGGCACCCUCUAAAGUCUGGUACACGGUAUUAGAUCUGAAAGAUGCCUUCUUCAGUCUACCCCUAGCACCUCAAAGUCAGUCCCUGUUCGCCUUUGAGUGGCAUGACCCAGAGGAGGGCUUCAGUGGACAGCUGACUUGGACACGCCUACCCCAGGGGUUCAAAAACUCGCCCACCAUCUUCGACGAGGCGCUGCACGAGGACCUGGGUGAGUACAGAAGGGAACACCCCAACCUCACCCUCCUCCAGUACGUAGAUGACAUCUUGAUUGCUGCAGACACAGCCAAGGACUGUGAGCGGGGGACCCAAGAUCUAUUGGCCACCCUGGGGGCCUUAGGGUACCGGGCAUCCGCGAGGAAGGCUCAGUUAUGUCGAGAAAGGGUGAGUUACCUGGGAUACAUCCUGGAGGGCGGGCAGCGGCGGUUAUCGGAUGCCAGGAAAGAGACUGUUUUGAAAAUCCCUACUCCCACCUCCCGAAGAGAAGUAAGGGAAUUCCUAGGAUCGGCCGGCUACUGCCGCCUCUGGAUACCGGGUUUUGCCGAAAUCGCCAGGCCCCUAUAUGAAGCUACCAAAGAGGGAAAGGCGUUUGACUGGACUGAGAAAGAUGAAGCUGCCUUUAGGCAGUUAAAGAAGGCCCUUCUAGGUGCCCCAGCCCUGGGCCUGCCAGAUAUUACAAAGCCCUUUCACCUCUUUGUGGAUGAACACAAAGGGAUAGCGAAAGGGGUCUUGACUCAAGCUUUAGGCCCCUGGAGCCGCCCAGUGGCUUAUUUGUCCAAGAAGUUAGAUCCUGUAGCUGCCGGCUGGCCACCAUGCCUGAGAAUUAUCGCGGCAACAGCGCUCUUAGUCAAAGACGCCGACAAACUGACCCUGGGGCAGGAAAUCUGGAUUACAACCCCACAUGCCAUUGAGGGAGUCCUGAAGCAGCCUCCUGACAGAUGGAUGAGUAACGCUCGUAUAACCCAUUACCAGAGCCUCCUACUCAACCCUCCAAGAGUACGGUUCCACCCCAGUGCGGCCCUCAAUCCCGCUACUUUGCUGCCCGACCCUGACUUAGAUGCCCCACUACACGACUGUGCGGGAAUCCUAGAGCAGGUGCAUGGACUCCGGAAGGACUUGACCGACCAGCCCCUCCCUGAUGCAGAGGCCACCUGGUUCACGGAUGGGAGCAGCUUCGUGCGGGACGGGUGCAGGUACGCGGGUGCAGCGGUGGUCACUGAAACGGACACUGUGUGGGCGGAGGCCCUGCCCUCCGGGACGUCAGCCCAGCGAGCAGAACUCAUCGCCCUUACUAAGGCACUGACGCUGGGGGCUGGAAAGCGGCUUAACGUUUACACAGACAGCCGUUAUGCAUUUGCUACAGCUCAUGUCCACGGAGCAAUCUAUCAGGAGAGAGGGCUGCUGACGGCAGAGGGACGGACAAUAAAAAAUAAGCAAGAGAUUCUCGAUCUGCUUGCAGCCUUAUGGCUUCCUGCCAAGUUAGCCAUAAUCCACUGCCAAGGGCACCAGAAAGCUGAUGACCCGGUAGCAAGAGGUAACCAAAAGGCUGACCAGGCUGCGAAGGCAGUAGCCCUUACCUCGGUCCCUACCAUGGCCUUACAACUCCCAGACCCAGGGGACCCAGUCUUACCAGACCAGCCCAAGUACUCCCAGGAAGAAUUGCAACGCAUCAGAAAGCUCCCCAGAGCCCAUGAAAUAAAGGGAUGGUGGCAUACACCAGAAGGGGAACUCAUACUACCAGACCGGCUCGGGGACACGGUAUUAGAACAUAUGCACCGGUCUACUCACCUGGGGACCCGGAAAAUGAAGGACUUAAUUCGACAUGCUGGGAUCAAGAUUCACCAGCAGGAUACCAAGAUAGAUCAGGUUGUAUCUGCCUGCAAGACCUGUCAACUCACAAACACAAGAGCUGGAUCAAAUGAAAGAGGGACCAGGCUCAGAGGCACCAAACCGGGAGCACAAUGGGAAGUCGACUUCACUGAAAUUAAACCAGGGAAGUAUGGUUAUAAAUAUCUUUUAGUAUUUGUAGACACCUUCUCUGGCUGGGUAGAGGCAUACCCAACCAAGCAUGAAACAGCUCAGACGGUGGCCAAGAAGCUGCUCGAAGACAUCUUACCCAGGUAUGGUUUUCCUGCUAUGAUAGGGUCCGACAACGGGCCAGCCUUUAUUUCACAGGUAACACAGGUAGUAACCAGGGCUAUUGGGGCAAAUUGGAAAUUACAUUGUGCUUAUAGACCCCAGAGUUCAGGUCAGGUAGAAAGAAUGAACAGAACUCUAAAAGAGACCCUUACCAAAUUAACCAUGGAGACUGGUGGGGACUGGGUGGCUCUCCUACCAUAUGCCCUUUACCGGGUAAGGAACUCCCCUUACACCCUGGGCUUUACUCCCUAUGAAAUCAUGUUUGGCAGGCCACCCCCUAUCAUUCCUAACCUUAAAGCUGACCUUCUCGCUGAAUUUGAAAAUCAAGAACUAUCUCUUUCUUUGAGAGGGCUCCAGAAGGCACAUGAGGACAUUUGGCCACGCCUCCGCGCCAUCUACGAAGCCAGCCCAACCCCAACUCCUCAUCAGCACAGACCAGGAGAUUGGGUCUACGUCAGAAGGCACCGCCGGGAGACCCUAGAACCACGUUGGAAAGGUCCCUACACUGUGGUGCUGACCACCCCCACCGCUCUCAAGGUAGAUGGCAUCGCGACCUGGGUCCACCACACUCACGUGCGGUCAGCGGAUCCAUCCAUGACCCGGAAAGACUUCAUCACCAAAUGGAGCAUCGAUCGAGAUCAAUGCAACCCGCUCAAGCUCAAGCUACGGCGUGCUCGACCUGCCUGAUGCCGGUAACAUGGCUCGCGAUCACUCCUGUCA